CAAAAGUUAGUUUUUGAUAAUUUUGUUAGGAGGAGCGGAUCAUUCAUGGUUUGUAAAAUCAUUAAGACAAUAAAGAAGUCAAAUAAGAGAUAAGGGUAGAAAAGAAAUUGGGCCGAACAAACAGCCCAACCUUCGGAAUCGCUUGAUGCUCAAUACGCAAGUGUUAUCGGGUCACCCUUUACUGGGUGGACCGGUUGCCCCUCUCCUCUCUCCGCUCUCUUCAUUUCUGUUUAUGUCAAUCGUCCUCUUCUCCCGCUGAUACGGAACACACGAUUUAGCUCCACACCGACUCCAUGGCGGGUAGAACAUUGUUGAAGGAGAAAAGCAGGGCAUGGAGCUUCUUCUCCGCGACAUUACUGCUUUGGUCAGUCUCUCUUUGGUUCGAAAUUCUAUUCGACCGACGAUUCCGGCUGCUCUACGUCGUUUUCGGAGCUCUGUUCUACCAGUCCGCCAAUUCCUCCAUUAGAUUACUUCUUUCCAAGGAUCCUCUUUUAGUCAACACCUCCGUUUCUCUUCUUCAUUCCAUUAUCACCUCUGCUUCAGUGCUGUUUGUUUUGGUGAACCGGUGGCUGAGUUAUGGUUCCGGUUCAGAGGGGAUGUUUGAGCAUUCACAAUUGUUUGGAGGAACAUGGCCGUGGGCUUUUGCAGCUUUGUGCUUCUCAUGUGGAUAUUUUGCAUAUGAUCAGUGGGAUAUGCUGCGAUAUGGACUAUAUAGUGGCUGGAUUCCUGCGAUCUUGGUUCAUCAUCUGGUUCUUCUCAUUUGCUUCACGCUUGCUUUGUAUAGGAAUGUCACCAUCAAUUAUCUCAAUCUCACUCUCAUUUGCGAGAUGCAUUCUAUCUUUCUCCAUGUAAGGCGGUUGCGAAGGAUGGCUGGUGUUCGUGAUGCCAAGAGCAUUAUCGUGAAAGUUGAAUGGAUUCUCAACUGGCUAACAUUUGUUUUCGCAAGGUUUGUUCCACACAUUCUCAUUACUGUCAAGCUCAUCAUAGAUGCUUCCAAGUUUGAUAAAGGCGUAGAGCUGCCACUUGCAUUGUCUGGGAUGGCUGGCAUGAACCUGCUGAAUGCUUUACUUGGUAUUGAUCUUUUAAACGCUGUAAAGAAAGAGAGUAAUUACAAGAAAACUGAUGACACUCAUCAUGAAUGAACGAGGACUAACUUGGGUGGAAAUUAACACGGAAGAAAAAAUUUCAUAAUAUCAGAGUUUAAUAUUUAGUUGAAGAAACUGUGUACUAUUAAUAUUGUUUUUAAUAUAGUUCUUAGGCUUUUAAUAUUUUUAGGCAAAAAUAGAUUUUUUUUUUUUUUGUAAAUCUAGAAAUCUGAAAGUGUUGUAAUUUUUACUUUUUGUUCAAUUUACGUUCAGUUUAGUAACUACUUUUCCUA